AGUAAUACCAAGAAUUCGAAGUUAUUAUCUUUUGUGCUGAUAGCCGCAACUCUCGUGUUUAUUACUCAUCCCCACUACUCAAUAUAUCAUAGCAUAAUCUAAUUUCAAAUGCUUACAUCUCAUUUAUAGAAAUUAUUAUUUUAAAAAUAUUUGUUAUUCAUUGAUCACUAAAUUUUAAAAAUAAUUUCUUAUUUACUUGCGUUUUGUUUUACUAGUGUUAAUAUCGUACUUUUGAGUUAUGUAGCAUAAGUUUACCGUCAAGUCGCCAUUAAAAUUAUCAAAGUCAUAACAUUUUAAGAUAUGUAAAAGAAUCACGCAAUCAUUGUGGGAGAUACACUGAUCUAAAUAAAGAAUUUAAUUUUUCUUAUUCGUAUCAAAAACAUUCCAUGCAAUGGAAGAUAUAAAAAUUAUAAAAAAUCAAUCAACGAUUGAAGAACGAAAAAUCGUUUACGAAUGGAAAAUUAAUCAAUUUCUUUCAAUUACAAGUUCUCCCAUGAACUGUGCAAGCCCUGACAGUAUAAUCGAAUCACCAGUUUUUUCAACUAGUAAUAUACGUGGUGAUAGUUCAUGGCGUUUAAAGAUAUUUCAUCAAAAAGAUCGGUUCGACCGCAAUUGUUUAUUUACAGUUUUGACAUAUUGUGGUGGCCGUCAAAAAAUAAAAUCCAAAUAUUCAAUAUGUAUUAUUGAUAAUGAAAAAAACAGACAAUUUAUACGUGGAGAACAGGCAUAUCAAACUUUCGAAAUUCGUCGAGACUGUAAUGCUCAGAAUGUCGUUGAAGUAAGUGAACUAAAUAACGAAAAAGAUAAAUAUGUACCUGAUGACACAUUAACGGUAUCCCUUGAACUUACUGAACUUAUUGUACGUUCUAACACUAGUCAACCCACCACUAAACUUCGAUUAGGAGAAUCGAAACAAAUUGUCGACGAUUUGAAAGAUCUUUUUCAUAGUAAAGAAGGCAGUGAUGUUGUUCUAAUUGUGGGAGAUAAGAAAAUUCCAGCUCACAAAACUUUGCUGGUGAGUCGAAGCCCUGUAUUUUCUGCAAUGUUUAAACAUAAGCUGAAAGAAAACCAAGAAAAUGAAGUAGACAUUCCUGAUAUGGAUCCUGAUAUUUGUGAGAAACUGUUAGAAUUUAUUUAUACGGACAAUGUGACUGAUUUUGAUCAAUUUUUUGAACGUUUAUACGAACCGGCAGAUAAAUAUCAGAUACCAGCUCUUAAAAAGGUAUGCGAAGAAUUACUUUAUAAGAACGUAAAUGUUGAAAAUGCCGUUCAAUAUCUCGUUUUACUUGACCGUCAUAAUGCUGGUGAAGAAUUUUUUAACUAUAUACUUGAUUUCAUCGCAAUCAAUUCCAAGAAAAUUAUCGAAACCCUCGAAUUUAAAGCCUUGGAAAAAACUAAUACAGAAUUAUUAAUGACUAUAGUAACGAAAAUUUGCAGUAGCAAAUAAAAAACAAAUCAACAUCUAGGUAAUUCAAUGCCACAACAUAAACUGGACAUUUGUUAAUAUCUUAUUAUCAAUUAUAAUCGGUUAUAACCCAUAGUUGUGACCUCAAUUUAAAUCUUGCUUCUACUUUUUUAUAAUUACUUAUUUUUAUAAUACAAUUUAUAAUGAUUACAUCAAUUAUACUAAUACAAUCAUUAACAUCCGUUAGUUCAUGCUCAUAAAAGCGUAUUCUACGAAAAAAACGAUUAUUUCGUAGUUUUAAUUUUUCAAUAAAUACUUAUGCAUAAAAAAUAAAUCAAAACUACGAAUAAAUUUGAAGAACAAGUUCCCUAAUAUUUUUAUUUUUGCUUAUGAUGGAUGUGAAAGAAAACAAGAACUGUACCUUAUGUUACAUAAUUAUCAAUUGAUUUACAUACAUUCGCAUAAAUAGAUCCAAAUUUUAUUGUUUACAAACAUUCAAUAAAGUGUAAAGUUUCAUCAAAUUGACAACUAAAAAUUAUUAAGAAAAAAUGUUUUAAAAAAUUGCGCCUAUAGUUUUUUCAACUUUCCGCACGUGCAUAUUUUUAUUUUUUAUUUUUUUGUAAUUGAUUUGUUGCAAAUAAAUCUGAAAAUUGUUAUGGUCAUCCCUACAAGAGAUUGGACUUCGGGUGUCGUCGGUUUCUACUCUCACUCUGGAUGCUCUAUGUACUAAAUCUUCUCCCACUUCUUUUAACGCAUUCGCAGCUUAUAAAUGUUCGGUAGUGGGGGCGAUUGCCGCGAUUCAUUCUCUUACUGGGACUACAAUCAUUGUAAGCUUCAGGAACAUAUGAUCAGUACGCGCAUGUUUCAGAUUCAUUAUUCUAAUUAAUUAAUUUUCUUAAUUUAGCAUAUACAUAUAUUGUCUCAUUCUCACUUAUCAUUGAUCAGUUUAUUUUGAAAACAAUUUCUUACUUAUAUUCGUUUUUAUUUUUUUCUGUGUUUAUAUCUUACUUUCGAAUUACGCAGUAUCAAUUUGCCGAUAAGUCGCUCUUAAAAUUGUCAAGCCAUAAUAUAUCGAUAUGAAAUAAGCACGCAUUUAUAUUCAUUUGUUUGAGCGAGAUACACUGAUUCAAAGAAAGAAUUGAUUUUUUUUUCAUUAGCAUUAGUAUUAUUUGAUAUAAUGGAAGAUUUUCAAAUGGUAAAAAUCAAUUCUACGGUUGAAGAACGGAAAACCGUUUAUGAAUGGAAAAUAAAUCGGUUUUUUUUAAUAUGACUUCUUCCUCGUACCGUGCAGGUGACAGUUUAAUCAAAUCACCAGUAUUUCCAACUAGUAAUGAACCUGGUAAUAGUUUAUGGCAUUUAAAAAUAAAGAUUCAAAAAAUUGGGUCUGGUUGCGUCCCCGUGCUGUCAAUAGCUCUGACAUAUUGUGGUAGUGAUCAAAAUAUAAAAGCCAAAUAUUCAAUAUGUGUUAUUGAUGAUGGAAAAAACAGACAAUUUAUAUGGGACUCAAUUACAUAUCACAAUUUCAAGAAUUGUGAAGAAUUUAAGCUUCGAGAGCUAAAAGUGGGUGAACUAUAUAAAGAAAGAGAUAAAUAUUUACCUGAUGAUACAUUAACGAUAUCCCUUGAACUUACUGAACUUAUUGUGCGCUCUAACACUAGUCAACCCAUCACUCAACUUCGAUUAAAAGAAUCGAAACAAAUUGUCGACGAUUUGCCAGCUUUUUUUCAUAGUAAAAAAGGCAGUGAUGCCUUUUUAAUUGUGGGAGAUAAGAAAAUUCCAGUUCACAAAAAUUUGCUAAUGAAUCAAAGUAAUGUAUUUCGUGAAAUGUUGACAUGCCAUCAGACAAACAACAGAAAUAAUGAAGUAAAUAUCACUGAUAUGGAUCCUGAUAUCCUUGAAAAACUAUUAGAAUUCAUUUAUACGGACAAUGUGACUAAUCUUGAUGAAGUUGAUGGGCGUUUAUACGAAGUGGCAGAUAAGUAUCAGUUACCAGCUCUUAAAGAGUUCUGUGAAGAGUCAUUUUGUAAAAAUGUAAAUGUUGAAAAUGCCAUUAAAUGUCUUGUUUUACUUGACCUUCAUAAUGCUGAUCAACAGUUUUUGAAUUAUUUAGUAGAUUUCAUUGCAAUCAAUUCAAAGAUUAUUACUGAAACUGAAGAAUAUAAAAAAUUACUAAACACUAAUCUAGAAUUAUUGUUGACUGUAACAACAAAAAUUUGCAAUCUUAGAAAAAAUAGAAAGAUCAACAUCUUGGAAAAUCAAUACUGCGACAUAAAAUGGAUGAUUGAAUUGCUCUUAUUCAUAUCAAAAAUAUUUGAUGCAAUGGAAGAUAUAAAAAUCAUUAAAACUCAAUCUACAAUUGAAGAACGAAAAAUCAUUUACGAAUGGAAAAUUAAUCAAUUUCUUUCAAUUACAAGUUCUCCCAUGAACUGUGCAACCCCCGACAGUAUAAUCGAAUCACCAGUUUUUUCAACGACUAAUAUACCUGGUGAUAGUUCAUGGCGUUUAAAAAUAUCUUAUGGGAGUAGUUCUUAUGGCCCCUAUUUAUCAAUAGCUCUGAAAUAUUGUGGUGGUGUUGAAAAAAUAAAAGCUAAAUAUUCAAUAUGUAUUAUUGACGAUGAAAAAAAUAGACAAUUUAUACGUGGAGAACAGGCAUAUCAAACUUUCAAAGAUAGUCGAGAUUGUACUGCUCACUGUAUUAACGCAAAUGAACUAAAUAAAGAAAAAGAUCAAUAUGUACCUAAUGAUACAUUAACGGUAUCUCUUGAACUUACUGAACUUAUGGUACGUUCUUACACUAGUAUUCCUAUCACUAAACUUCAAUUAGAAGAAUCGAAACAAAUUGUCGAUGAUUUGAAAGAUCUUUUUCAUAGUAAAGAAGGCAGUGAUGUUGUUCUAAUUGUGGGAGAUAAGAAAAUUCCAGCUCAUAAAACUUUACUAAUGAAUCAAAGUAAUGUAUUUCGUGAAAUGUUAACGUGCCACCAGAAGAACAACAAAAAUAAUGAAGUAAAUAUCCCUGAUAUGAAUUAUGAUAUAUGUAAAAAACUAUUAGAAUUUAUUUAUACGGGCAAUGUGACUAAUUUUGAUGAAGUUGCUGUACGUUUGUUUGAAGCAGCAGAUAAAUAUCAGAUACCAGCUCUUAAAAAGUUAUGCGAAAAAUCAUUCUGUAAGAACGUUAAUGGUGAAAAUGCUGUUCAAUAUCUUGUUUUACUUGAUCGUCAUAAUGCUGAUCAAGAGUUUUUGAAUUAUAUAGCAGAUUUCAUUGCAAACAAUUCAAAGAUUUUUACCGUAUCCGAAUAUAUAGCAUUACUAAACACUAAUCCAGCAUUAUUAUUGAUUUUAACAACAAAAAUUAACAAUCCUACAAAAAAUAGAAUGCAUGAAGGAUAUAAUAUUCGGCCACCUGGUCGAGUAACUGAUCUAUUUAAACAAAGAAGUAAAUUAAUACCUAACAAUUCAUUUACGGUAUUGCUGGAACUUACUGAAUUUUUUGUACGUUCUUACACUCGUCGACCUAUCACUACAUUCCGAUUAAAAAGAUCGAAACAAGUUGUCGACGAUUUUCCAGCUCUUUUUCAUAGUAAAGAUUACAGUGAUAUUAUUUUACUUGCUGGUGAUAAGAAAAUUCCAGCUCACAGAGCUUUACUAAUGCAUCGAAAUAUUGUAUUCCGUGCAAUUUUGACAUGUCACAAGAAAAAUGAAGUAAAUAUCAUUAGUAUGGAUCCUGAUAUCCUUGAAAAACUAUUAGAAUUCAUUUAUACGGACAAUGUGACUAAUCUUGAUGAAGUUGCUGAACGUUUAUUCGGAGCGGCAGAUAAUUAUCAGAUACCAGCUUUAAAAAACUUAUGCGAAGAAUCGCUUUGUAAAAACAAAAAAAGAUUAAAAUUUUUUUUAUUUGUAUUCAAAUUAUUUGAUGCAAUGGGAGAUCUUCAAUUUCAUUCUAGGGCAGAAGGACGGAAAAUCAUGUAUGAGUGGAAAAUAGAACAGUUUUUUUCAAAAAUACAAAUUUCCAGAUUCUACAAUACAGACUACGGUGAAAUCCAAUCACGAGUUUUGUCAUCUAAUAAUGGACCUGGUUCUACUUCAUGGUAUUUAAAAAUAGACCUUAAUAACAAGCAGACGUCCUUCGAAUCAUUAUCAAUAACUUUAGUAUAUCGGGGUGGUGGUCAUCAAAAAAUAAGAGCAAUAUUUUCGAUGUGUAUUAUUGAUAAUGAAAAAAACCAACAAUUUCAACAAAAGGGAACUAAAAUUUUGAAAAAUUGUGGAACGAUUAGUAUUCCAAUGUUUGUUCAUAUCGAUGAUCUAUUGAAUGAUAGAAAUAAAUUAGUACCUAAUGAUACACUAACGGUAUCCUUCAAAAUUAUUGAAUUUAUUGUACCUUCUAACACUAGACAACUCAUCACUCAACUUCGAUUAAAAGAAUCGAAACAAAUUGUUGGCGAUUCGGCAGCUUUUUUUCAUAGUAAAGAAGGCAGUGAUGUUAUUCUAGUUGUUGGUGAUAAGAGAAUUCCAGCUCACAAAGCUUUACUAAUGAAUCGAAAUACUGUAUUUCGUGCAAUGUUGACACAUCACACGAGAAACACCAGAAAUAAUGAAGUAAAUAUCCCUGAUAUGGAUCCUGAUGUCCUUGAAAAAUUAUUAGAAUUCAUUUAUACGGACAAUGUGACUAAUCUUGAUGAAGUUGCUGGACGUUUAUUGGAAGCGGCAGAUAAAUAUCAGAUACCGGCUCUUAAAAAGUUAUGCGAAGAAUCACUUUGUACAAACAUAACUGUUGGAAAUGCCGUUCAAUAUCUUGUUUUACUUGACCGUCAUAAUGCUAACGAAAAGUUUUUAAAUUAUGUAGUAGAUUUCAUUGGAAUCAAUUCAAAGAUAAUUACCGAAACUGAAGAAUAUAAAGCAUUACUGAACACUAAUCCAGCAUUAUUGUUAACUGUAUUAAAAAAAAUUUGCAGUAGCAAUUAAAAAAACAAAUCAACAUCUUGGCAAUUCAAUACGGAAACAGAAACUGGACAUUUUUUAAUCUUUUAUUAUCAGUUAUAAUCCACAAUUUUUAUCUUAAUUUAAAUCUUAUUAUUAUUAUUAUUAUUAUUAUUAUUAUUAUUAUUAUUAUUAUUAUUAUUAUUAUUAUUAUUAUUAUUAUUAUUAUUAUUAUUAUUAUUAUUAUUAUUAUUAUUAUUAUUAUUAUUAUUAUUAUUUAUUGUUUAUUGGACAUGAAGUUGUAACUCCUUGGGGCCAUCCAAAAUUCAUACAUUAAUUCAUAUAGUAUACAUUAUUGUAAUUAAUAUUAGGCGAUGAUUCACAUUUAUUUAACAUGAUAUCAUUAUUUAACAUUUAUUCAUCUUAAAAUUAAUCGAGACUCGAUCUCAACCACCAUUCAAUCAUAAAAAAAAAAAAACGAAAUAAGAAAUCCACACAAAUAACGCCAGAUAAUUUGUUAUUAUAACUCAAAAAGUGUUCGUAACUUGAUUUACGGAAUUCCAAAAAAAUUGGCUGUUGUGGAUAAUUAACUGGUAACUUAUUCCAAAGUCUGAUAGCACUAACUAGAAAUGACUUAUCAUAUUGAGCACUAUGACUAUUUGGCAGCACAAAAUAAUCUUAACGAAUGUCACCUCUGCGAAAAUGAGGCUCUAUAAUAGAUGAAUCAUUUCUAAUUAGUGAUUUUUGAUUUUAUUUAUUUACUUUUUUAUAAUUACUCUCAAUUUAAUAAUAUCAUUGACAAUGAUUAUAUCAAGUAUACUUAUGAACUCAUUACCACCUGCUAGUUCAUGCUCAUAAAAGCGUAUUUAAAAAAAAAAUAAUUAUCUUGUAUUUUUAAUUUUUCAAUAAAUACUCAUACAUAUAAAAUAACUCAUAACCAGGGUUGCGAAUUCUUUAAUGAAAUUUGCAAUUAAAAAUUAAAUUUUUAAUCCGUAAUUGAAAUUAUAUCGAUCAAAAUUACGAAAUUAAUUUUUAGUUCAACAACUUGAAUUGAAAAAUUAAUUUUAAUUCAGAAACGUGAGAUUAAAUAUUAAAAAAUUAAUUUUAAUCCAGAGACGUGGGAUUCAAAAUUUAAAAAUUAAUAUUUAAUUCGGCACGAGGGAUUCAAAAUUGAAAAAUUAAUUUAAAUGUACAGACGUGGGAUUAAAAAUCGAAAAACUAAUUUUUAAUCAGACAAGUGAAAUCGAAAAUUAAAAAAUUAGUUUUUAAAAUUGACACCUGGGUUUAAAAUUUCAAAAAUUCAUUUUAAUUCAGACACGUGGGAUUAAAAAUUAAAAAAUUACUUGAUAAUUCGGAUACGGUACGCAAUCAGAUAAGUAAUCAAGACAAAAAAUUUGACAGCACUUACAGAAGGAAAGAAUACUGUUUUACUUGAUCUUCAAGUUUAAAUAUUUUUAAACUUACUCUUGAUCGUCAGAUAUAAUAGAAUUUGAAAUAAAAAAAUUAUUCAUAGUUGAGACAUUUAGGAAUAAAAUUUUUUUAAUAAUUUUCAGUGUAAACAGAGAAUUUAAAAUUAAAACAACACUAAUCUGAUAUUCGGAAUUGAAAGUUUUUUUAUUUAAUUUUUGAUUCGAGAAUAGAAAAUUAAAAAACAAAAUGUAAU